UGUGUGUGUGUGUGGUAGAUCCUUCACAAAAUGGCGGAAGGUGGAGUGAGAAACUGUCCGUUGCAGAAAUGUCGUUAAAUAUUUGUAUUUUCCAUCCUUCUGGAAACUGAUUUUGUGGCCGAUCUAUGUUCUGAAGAAGCAUGAAGGAUAAACACAGACGUAGGAAGGGUCGGACGUGGGCUGAGGCCGCUAAAACGGUUUUGGAGAAGCAGCCCAAUACGCCCAUGAGCUGUAAGGAGAUAUUGAGAAAUAUCAAAGAGGCUAAUCUUAAAGACAUCAGAAGUGGCACUGUACCGUCAGCUUGCUUGAAUGCUGUCCUGCAUGGUGGCUGUCGUGGACCUGACGGAACUUUCUACAAAGUGGCCGAUAUGAUGGGAGUCUAUGGACUAAGGAGUCAUUUAUCCGAUGAGGCUCGGAGGAUGCUGGAAUACAAGCUUGAUGACUCGGUAGAUGUGUCUAGUACCCUGGAUGCCUUAGAGGAACCAGAUGCUGAAUUAGUGGUCAACAAACAGCAGUCAGGUACCAAGAAAAUGCCUGUGUGUUAUCUACCAGAGAAAGCUCAUCAUCUCAUUCCAGCGUUGCGACGCUUCACGCUCUACCAAAUCCCGACCACGUCCACGUCCUCAUCAAGUAGCGCGUCGUCGCACCGGUCGCCACCGAGGGCGGUAGACUCGGAGGAUCAAUUCCACCAUCAUCACCACCACCGUGCCAAGGGCUUUAAAGCCACAUCGCAGAUGCACAGCCCGACGCGGAUCAAAUUCACGCUGCACCACAAACACCAGCGACGGAAGCAGCAGAUUGUGCCCAGGAUUAUCUUGAAACCUGUGAAAUCCCCAACGGGAAAAGAACCUAAUUAUGCAGCGGAGGUGAUUGAUUUAACGCCAUCUCCCAGUGACAACGAGCGAGAUUCUCAAGCCAUGCAAGAUGACGACGUCGACACGGACACCAGCAAAGACGACAACUCCGAAAAUAAUCUCAGAAUCGCCCAAAAUGUCAACAACGCACAACACCCAGCAGAGAACACCCAGAAAGAUCAGUCAACCUCGUCCUCAGAUCAACAAGGACAAGCCGGUAAUCCAUCGAGUACAUCUGAUAGCUCUGGGAAUGUGGUUGACAAUCAGGUCGAAUCCUCACGAACUAUGACCCGAAGCAGCCUAGGGGUCAGAGGUGAUGGGAACGAGACACCUGGUGUGACGUCAGCUAAAUCUGAAGCUCCUACCGCUAGUCGGGUGUCGCUACGAAUCAGCAUGAGACAGGCAUUACCACUGCAGACACAGACGAGGUCCCAGACCAUGAGCAAACUAAUGGCCAAUGUUCCUGGGUUCAGCGGCAAGCCAAGAAACCGAGAAAAGAAGUUUUCAGUUUUAUCAAAAUUGCAUCCUCCUAAGAAGAUGAGUCUUCAUGUAGAUCUUGAAACGCCGGAUUCCAUCUUGGCCAACGUUAACCUGAAGGCGUUGAUCAACAAGCACACUUUCAACAGUCUCCCCGCCCACUACCAAUACAAGUUGCUGACGCUCCUGCCCAAAGUUGACAGAGUGCAGACCAACGAUAACUUCAUCAAGAUGAACGGUUCUGCUUUGGAUAACGAGUUCUUCGCCAGAGCCUGCAGUAAAUGGAGGGAGAGGUUGUCAUCGGGGGAAUUUACUCCGGAAUCACAACUGAGGCUGAGACAGGAAAUAGAGAAGGAUAUGAUUAAGCUAGAUCCGUGGAAGGCCAAGCAUUUUGAACCAUCCUGGGGUCAGUCUCUACUCGCUACUGCCCCUGACAUCCCAGAAUCCUUUGCAAGCAUGGGGGUCAUCCCACCCGAGGAGAGGAAGUCGCCCGCCAUGCAUACCAGGAGUUCUUCCCAGAGAAAAGGCGCCGGAGGGCACUCGGUCAGCACCGUGUACCGCAACACGCGAUCGGCGGCAUCCAGCAGUCAUCACCACCACCAGAAGCCGGGUUACGAGCCUUUGACAAGACAUCACAGGAGUAUGUCUUCAAGAGAGAGCAGACGACUGCAUCGGAUGACCCAGAAGGAGCUGAAAUACUGCGCUACCGUGGAGACCAGGAGCACUCCCAAGCAAGAUGCGGUUACCAAGCAACCAGAGUUCAGAUCAGUUAUUGGAGAUAUAAACAUCAAACCAUCAUCGAGUAGUAGUUUGCCGCCGUCGUCGCAAUCCAAUUUUUCUUGCAGUUCACUCCUGUCCAGUAUGGCAAUGGAGAGCCAACGGAAUCAGGCAGCAGCAACCUCAGUCGCUUCCUCAACAUCCUCUCAGAUGCUGCAAAAAUCAUCCGCAGGAAAGGAGGUAGUUUCGUUGAAGAGACCCUUGGAGAGUAGUGAUGACAGUAAAGAGAAGCGUUUAUGCUUGGAUGAUAGUAGCGUUGUGGUGCUGGAUUCCCGUCAAGUGUCUCGAAGUCAGUCUGUUUCUACUCAGUCUUCCGCGACAGUUCUGACUGCCGUCUCAUGCGCGAAUGCUUCACGGCAACAAACCUCUGCAACAACAGCAAAUCCGGACAUAAAACCCAAGGUACUGCCGAGCGUGAAAUCCUCAGUGAAUGUUGGCAAACAGGGGACGAGAACACUCGCUCAAAUCAAGGCGCAGACUCAAGCUCGGGCGCAGGCUCACGGACAGACGCGUACCCUGGCACAGAUUAAAGCACAGACAACUGCGAAGCUGUUGGCGCGAUCAGCGGCUCAAGCGGAAGCUCAGAAUCAGGCUAAGAUAUCCGGUCAUACGCCGACGAUUCUGAACCGAUCGCGGUCUCCACAGUGGAAUACCGUCAAGACAGUGAUUCCUGUCGCCCUGUCAACAAGCCCUGCUAAUAACCCCACCCAGGCAUCAUUGAAUCAAGUGCCCAAGCACAAGCUCGAGAACCAUGUGGUGCAAGUCAACGCAUCGAACCAGCAAGUGGUCCAAGCCAUUCAACCGUUCAUCAUCAAGACCCAACCGGGUAGCGGUGUCAGCGUGGUCUACGUGACCCAGCCCAACGUGGUGACUCUGAUGCCUGCCUCAGCCACGGCCAUUCAGCGGAUGAACAAAAGCCCCGGCCUUGCUAAACCUGCGUCCGUCGUACAAACCACGUCUAGUCCGAGGGUCGUGGUGGAAAAGAUCCCACAGUUUACAACUUCAGUCUUGGCAGUCUCGAGUACAAGUGCAUCUCAGAGGCCCAACUCAAUCAAAACUCUUCUGAACUUGAAAAACGCAUCGGGAGAAUCCCCAAACAGUGCCUCACCACAUGAAGAGAAGAGUGGCAACACAAACAAGACUCUUCCUAAUGGGACUAGUCCUGGAACACCAAUGCAUGGACCGACUAAAAAUGAGAAUAAUUCAAGGGCAAGUGAGGUUGUAAUCUUGGAUAAUAAAACCAACACCAUGCGGCAGCAGAUUGUGUCAGCUAGUGUCAGUGGUACACCUGUUGUCUCCUCAGAAUCAAUUAAGAUUGUUACAAACAGUAACGCACAGGUGGAUCCGUUUUCUUGUCGGUCGACGCCCAGUCUUGUUCUCCAACCAGUCGACAUAGCUAACGGAAGGGAGUGUGCAGAUAGCCUGGAUGCCUCGCCCGGCAAAUGCUCGUGUCGGUUAGGAGCCAUGGUCGUAUGCAAAGGUUGCGGAGCAUUCUGUCACGAUGAUUGCGUCAGUCCGACGAGUCUAUGCAUGGCCUGUGUAGUAAGAUAACCAUCGUAAGUUAAUUGUUGAACAAUUUCAGCAUGUAAUUAGUUUGUUACAAAAAUGGUUUUUGUUACAAAAAUGGUUUAGGCUCCGUGCACAAGUAGCCCGCAAUGGUUACACAGGGAAAUUUGGGGAGACCACUGAGAGGGAUAUUCAAACGCAUUUACAAUGCCAACACUUGUGCAAAGACGAUACAGGUUCUUGGACAUUAGUUGUGCGCGCUUUGUCCCAUAUAUGCGCGUGACUCGGUACGCGCACACGGUGCGUCCCUCCAAAUGGGGCUCUCGAAGUGGUCGCAAACGCCCUCUACUGUCCGUGCAAGGAGUCUAUAAGUUCACUGUCAAAAGAACUGCUGAAGUUUGGCUAGUAGCAAUGUAUAAUUACCAAGCAGGUUAUUUGUACUGAACUUUAAUAAGACUAUACAACUUUAAAUGCAUGUUGAGACGUAGUAACUCGGCCUGUGAAAAAAAAAGC